GGAUUUCGGCGCGAAAUUCUUUAUCUGUUUGGCUGAAUAGCGUCUCGACAUUUUAUCUGACGGUUUUUUAGUUCGGCGUCCCUGUUCAAAUAUUACCAUACGCCUUUGGGAUUGUUGUUUAUUUUUGUUACUUCAAAAAGACUUUUCCUCUGUGGAGAUCAUUGACAGCGACUGAAGAUAACGCUCAAAGGAGAGGGAAGCAGUAACAUUGGCAACACGGUAAGAUAGAAUCGACAUUUGAUUUGAUAUUACUAAUUGACCGGUUGGAUGAAUACCAUUGAUUUGGCAGUUGCAGUUAGAUAAACCUAAUUGAGCUGAGAGCAUGCACGCAUCUCGUCCGGGAAUUUAAUCUGAUGGCGAUUUCAACCGACUGAUGGAGCUGCCCAUUUUAGUUCUGAACCCGAAUGUCAAACGUGAUACGGUAUGAAAUGUCUCUAAUAAUUAAAGCUCUUGGCACUCCUGGUAUAAAAGAUGCUCUCAAAAGGCAUCUCAAAGGUAUGCUCGAUAAUGGUGCUCAUCUAUUCAACGUCGAGAAUCUUGGCUUGCGACGCCUUCCCAAUGUAUUUCAUGUUCAAGGAGAAAGGCAAUAUGAAGGGCACUACUUCCUCAUUAAUUUCAAUGCGCCACAUGAUUCACUUAACCAGAUAAGAAAAAUGGCGCGUAAAGACUCAGAUAUCAUCAAGUGUUUCGCUGCCCUUAAAGACGAUGGAUGGGUGCCACCGUGUUCAUUGCCAAAUGCAGCUAAUUGCGAAUUCGGCGAAAUCAGGAAUCCGAAUUAUGAAAAGACGGCUAGACGAAGACACGGUUACCGAUUGUAUUAAAUGGGAGUAACCAUCAAGUAUAUAAUAGACGAAAGCUUGUAAACUAA